GGUGCCACAGGAAGUGUGUGCGGUUCAUCCUUUGCCUGCAGAAUAAGGGGGAGCUAACGGUAUUUAAUUACAACAAAUCGCUCAAUAAUUCCAACGAAAGAGAAAUAGCAUAUAAAAUUGCCUGAUAUCUUCAGCUGAGAUGAGCGCUGCGGUACCCAACCAUCGGAGGACCAAGCCCGGUGGGAUAAAGACCGGGGUAGUGACCAGCGGCGUGACUGGGCCGACCUCCCAGAUCCCCGGUCUGUCCCAGACUGCAGAUGAAACGUCUCCGGUGGAGAGGAUAAGCGGACGGCGAGUUGGGAUCUUUGAGUCAGACUCGGAGUAUGUCAAGCUGGCGAAGGGAGGAGGGCACAAAGGGCUGUUGAGUCAUGAUGCUGAUUCUGAUGACCAACCCAGGAAGCCGUACAACCCACCCAACUGGUUCGGAGGUGAUGAGUCAAAGAGCGGAAGCAAAGCGGUGUCUCCUGAUGGCGUGACGAAGGCGGCCAUGCGGCCUCUGAACGCCCCGUUUGGCACUGAUAACUGUUCGUCCUGGGAAAGAGACGAUAGAGUUUCCCCCUCUAAUGAGAAGAUGUCUCCUGAUGGCGUCGCCAGUCAGCUUGAGGGUCUCGUUGUGACCAACAAAUACAAGAGAACGUCUUAUGAGAAGAAGGCUCCUCCAGUCAGCAUGUCCAAGCUGCUGAGUCAUGGCUACGUUGAGGAGAAGAAGAAGUCUCCCACUGACGACGAUGCCUCAAGUGUGACCUCAGAUCAGACCAGCACCGUCGCGACGGAGGACGUGGACGACCUGGAGUAGAGUGCACAGGUGCUGGUCUUGAGGGAAAGGGGGUCAUCCUAACACUGGUUCAUGGCUUCCACAAGAUCCACGAACACACUAAUCCGCCCCUCUCGGAUUCACUCGCGUUUAUUGUACAUCCACUGACUGUUAGGUUUUGUACUCAUGUUUAUGCAACGGUACUGUCCUCUCUAUUUAUUUGCUUUGAUUUGUAAAGAAGAAUCCACACAGAUUUUGUUGAGUAGACGUGUCAGUGCUCGCGGUAUCCUUUAUUUCUGUAUUGUCGUUUCUCGAUUUGAAAGACGAGUUGUGCACGGGGCAGGAAACUAACUCAAUUUGGAUGCAAACUGGAGACCUGUUAGUUUCCCUCCCUGGUUGUAUGAAGAUCGAGGUAGUGAAUUUAAAGUGUUUGUGCUUAAUGAAAUGUGGUUCCAGUGACGUGAAAUAUUAUUUGUUUCGAUUAAGGGCUCCUGCUCUCUGAAGGGAAUUUGGAGGUUUGUGUGUUUUCAGCUGUGGGGGUGGAAACGAUCAUUCGUUGAGACAGCCACCCUGCAGCUGUGACCACAUGCCAAAGUACAUACUGAUGGCCACGGCCGCCAGAAAGGGCCAACAAGGAUUGUUUUUUAGGUUGAUGCUCUGCAAAAGGUUGCUCUUCCCUCCUAUCCCCUCCGUAAUUGGGUCCCUAAAAUCGAGAAACAUCCCUCUUUUUCUGUGCAAGCUGCAUUCUUGUGCGAUAAUCAGGAUAAAAGGCCAUUCACAAGCCUGAUAUUAAAGAACUAAAUUAACUCAUGGGAUGCUUACAAGUCUCCAGAAGAUUUGAAUACUAUCAGGUGCUGCAAGAUCAAUUUUGUUGUCACUGUUUAUUAGGAAGCUCACCAGGAAAUCGGUGCCAAGUGUUUGAUGCCAGUCCAAGUGUCAGAAGCUUGCCAAUAAUAGAACUGAACUGGGUUUAUUCUGCAUGCUAAAGCCGUUCAGUGUUAUCUUAUUGCAUUCUCACUCAGCCUAAUAAACCCCAAACUCAUGCAGCAACAGAUAAAGCAUUCUGGGACAUUUUAGGAGGGGGGGGGGGCGGCCACCUUCAGCAGACUGCCAAGCUGAAAGUCAAGUCCAGCGUAAUUCCCUGUGAAGAUUAACGCAGACGAGUUUUUAAAAAGUGAGUUCUGAACGUGCCAACCAAGCAGUUUUUCCCUGCUCGCGCAGUGUUUUGACUUUGUAGACAUCAGUAGGAGAAGUUAGUGUUAGUGCACUGCCUGAUCACACCGAACCCUCCAACUCAUGACGUGUUUACCCAGCGGAUGGGAGUUUACUCUGCUCAGAUGAGAGACGUGGUUACUGCUGCAACAAUUUUGUGCCAGAAAACUUUACUGUCACAGACCUUUAGUCCUAUACGUAGGAACAAGAGCUUGCCAAGAGGUUUUGCCUGACGUCUACGAAGACAUUCUUACAUUUUACUCAGUGAAAUAAUCUUACCUAUUUUAAAAGUUCAUUUUAUGUGCGUAAAUUCCUUAAUACUUCCAGUAGCAAUUGAGAAAUGUGGAAUUAACAACCACCAAAUUGACUGAAAUAGAAACAUGUAUUAACAUGUUGUCAUUUGCUGAUUCAUACUGUUUCCUUGUCUCUAGACCCCAAUCGUCAUGUCAGCAUCGCGCUCGCAUGAUGUCAGCGUUCACACAACACUGAAGCCGCUGCCUAUAGUGUCAAUCAUCAAAGGAGCAGCCAAGCUUUCAGUCCAGUGUGCAAUUUUUCACCCUUUAGGUCACAGCUUUCUUCGAGCCCCGACCGAUGGCUGUCCCUAAUUAUUGUGACACUGGAUAAGGAUCUCACACCAGACAUAAUCCUUUUGGCUCUGAUAAAGAUUGAGAAGAUGACGAGAUCAAAAGAACUUUAUUUGUAUACCACUUUUCAAAACGUUUAACACAUUGAGAUCAGGAUAACACAAUGCAGAAUCAAAAAAUAAAUAGCGUUAAAGGAGAAAACAAGCCGUUAUCCGUAAAGAUAAAACCCCAACAUCUGCAGUAAAUUGUAAUAAUGCAGUAAAGAAUUAGGGUUUUAUUGGGCUUCACCCUCGUGUGCACAUCAGGGUUGGAAAUGAACUUUUCUUCUACCAGCCACUCAUUAGAUUAUGAUUGUUCUUUUGUCUGGUGCGUAAAGCAAAUCUAGUAGCUACUUGCACACUUUACCAGCAUUCAGCAUUUGUGUAUAUUGUCAAAAUAUAGAUGUGAGUGCACAGAAAAACACAAAAUCCAGUUUACUAAAAAAGGCCUUUUAAGACAUUCAAAGUCAUAAAUUUGCCUUGCCUUUUGUCGGCAGUAAUGUCAGAAAAUAUUUCUGUAUCUGUUUGUGUCGGAACAUUUGUUUUGACACCUACAAACUGAAAGUGUGAUUGAUUUGACAGGAUGUUCAUUCCUUUUUUCGAGGAGUUGUAGAAAACACUAGCCCCUUUUACACUGCCUGUUCAAGGCGGGAACAUUGUGCCGUGAUGCCGCCUCGGCGUUCUGUAUGUAAGGUACGACAGCGGAAAGAGGGGGGCAGAGUCGUCUCGCCUUUAAAUCGCCACGGGAGGUAGUAAGAGCGCCGAAAUGGUGUCUGUAUAAACAGGACAGCCUGCAAGAUGGGUUCAAGGGCAGCACGGGUGUGACAUUUUGACGAUGUGUUCGCUGUGCGGCCCACCUGGAGAUUUACAAAGUUGCUGUUAGCAGUUAGAAGCUAACUCAAAGAAGAACAGCGGCUGUAAAUUGGGAAGACAGUAAGAUUCGGGAGCUCCUUACCCUCUGAGCAGAGGACAAGAUCAGGCGCCAAUAACCAACACAUUCUCACUCCAGCCUCGUCACAUGUCAACAUUUGGUCAUGGACUUUCCAUGUCCAGAUAAAAUGUGAAAGGGUGCGUUGGUUGUUGACGUUCUGGGACUCCAUGUGCAGUUCAGCCUGUUACAUGCAUUGUCUUCUUUCAGCGCGCUACAUCAGUAAAACACUACAAAUCUGCAUUUAUUUGCCUUCAACAAUUAUGGUUGGGUUUAGGUGUUUGACCCAUUCACCACCCCUCCUGCCCACCCUACUCAGACGUUCGUCGCCUUAACUUUCAUUCGUGUCCCGCCACGUUUCCCCCUGACGCCGCCGAGCGUGCCACUGGUAAAGGACAGCUUUUUCGUCAGUGUCUAACACUCAUGGGUUACAUGUCACUCCCAUCAUGUGUCUUUUGAGUGACAAUGCCGCUGUCGUUUGAUUCUGUGUAAAAAUGCAAAGGAGGCGUGAAGAAGGGACUUCGUAGCGGCCUGUUGUGUGAUCUCUGUGUAGAAAGGGCUACUGUCACUUUCCCUAGCUACAGGAACUAGGGAAGCUCAUCGUCUCAUAAUGGUCAAAUGUCAAUUUUAGCAAGAACUUAAUUAAGCUCAGUUACUAAUCGGUCAGUAUAUCAGUUGUCCGUGUCCAGGUUGCAUUAAUUUAAUUGGUUAUGUCAUUAGGAUUUAUUGUUAUAUACUGCUGGGAACCACUGAAAAGAUUUCUAGGCCACAUUAUCCCAACUAAAACGGGUAUUAAAUUCCAAUUUAUGUGGUGAUAACAAGGUCUUAAAACAUCUUAAAUUUAACCAGGAGAACUGUGGAGCAACACAGACAAAAGAAAUGUGGCAUGAAGGUUUAGUUUGGACGGUGCUCACACAGUUGGCCUCCUAAACCCCAGCAGACAAUUGAAACGACUCCACCUCUUCGUCCUCUGUUUGUUUGCAGAAUUACUUUGACUGUCAGGACGUCUCAAAACCAGGUAAUGGAUUUCUGUGACACUUGAUGGACAGUUCAGCCUUAAGUCAUUUAACAGUUCUAAUUUCUUAGCCGUAAGCGUGAACCUGACGGUGACAGUAAAAUCCUAAUCCUACAGGGACAUUUGUCGGGCGGAGAAAAUGCUCUUAAAAAUGAAAAGGACAGGAAUGAUUUAUUUGGGUGUAACGGCGAGAUUAAAGCUCCGAGUGUUGUCCUAGUAAAUCCAACACAUUCAUCACCUGCGUCUCAGAAAUGAUGCAGCAGCAGCAGACUCUCAUUGGAAAAGAAUUUACUCUUACAAGAGAUGUGUCAUGUUCAACACAGGUUUAGGCUUGUCACUUUUUUUCCCAGCACAAUAUAUUUAAGCAAUUAUGCAUUAUUUAUCUGUUACGUGGUAUUAAAAAGUGUUGUUCCGAAAACUAGACGCACUGGAUUUUAUUUUGCAGUAGACAGAAUAGUGAAUGUAUCAUCUUUUUGUUUUUGCUUCAAACGACGGGUUUAUUUUUAUGAUAAAUAUUCAGGGUACAGUAUUUACAGUUAAAAAUAGUGUUUCGUCAAGUUGCAUCCUCUUCUCCCAGUGCGAGUUGGUGACAUAUCCAUUUACAAACAAAUAGCGGGAACCUUUAGUGGCUUAACUUUGCAAAAGUCCUCCCUGCGGUCUUGUCAUCUUGCUUUUUGAUCUGCAAGUGGUAUGCGUUCAUUUUUACAUGCGAGUGUACCAGAAGAGACUGAAGAAGGCAGCUUUUCAACAGAAGAUCCCUCAAGUGUUUGUGUUGUGAGGAGAAAUCCACCUGACAAGACUCAAUGUAACGACCCCGCUUAUCUUGAUGACUGCACACAGACUCUUAAUUAUCAUUUCAAUAAAUGGGCAUGUGCAUGUA